AUGUCUGCUUCUCCACUCACGUCGUCGCCUUCGUCGUCGGCCGCCGGCGUCCCUCUGCUGAGUGCUGCCCCGUCGUCGACCUACAGCCACGGAGAUUGCACCGCCUGUCACUCCCUUGGUCGAUCUAUACCGGCCGCGGCUCCAUACUCCGGUUCGCAGCCAUCUCUAUCGGAACGCGCGCGCAUUAUCCAGGCUGCUCAAGUCACCGCGGCCCUCGAUCACGAGGUGCUGGAUCUCCGGGGCCGUCUUGACGUCGCCCAGAAUCUUCUUGAAGCAUCUGGUCGCCACACUGCAAGUCUUCAUCGAGCCAUCCAUGAUCGGGAUCUGGAGGUUCAACGCGUGCGCAACGAAGCCGACGGUCUUCUCCGAGAUCUCCAGCAGGCCCUGAACACCGAAGUAGAACGCCGUCAGCAAGCCGAAGCUGCUGAACAACAAGUACGCGCAGAUCUCGCACGGGUCGCCGCUCGCUCAGCUGAUGCCGAUGAAGUCACUCCGUCCGCUGCAGCAUCGCCCUCUAACGUCGUCCCCAGUCAGUUGGAGAUCGCCCUCGGAGAUCUGGAUGAUAUACGAGCCGAGCUGGCAGAUAUCAAGGCUACCUGGACCCCUCCUCCCACUGCAUCGGUGACCCCAGGUGGCCGACUGUUGGCUGCCAGCGAAGCUGCCACUGAUGGUGAUCGGACUAGUGACGGACGCGCGGGACGUGCCCUGCAACGAUCCAAUGCCGAACGAGACAGAUCUCGCAAUCAAUUGCCCCAAGCAGAGGCGACAAUCGACAGGUUGCAGACCGAGUUGGCGCAAUCGCGCACGCUGGUCAACAAAGCAGCGCCACAGAUAGUCGCCCUUCGCUUGGAUGCGUCCAAAGCUCGUGAGGACGCAGAAGCAGCACGACGAGAAGCGGCGGCGGCGUCGAAGAAGGCGCAAGACGGUGCACAGCGGCAUAAGGUGGCUGGGAAGCGACUGGAGGAGUUGGAGAGGAAGAUCACUUGGCUGACUCAGCAUAACACCGUUCUACGGCGUGAGAACGUCGACUUCAAGAACAGUUUGGAGCAUCGUCAGGCUGAUCUCGCAACAGCUCAGGAUCGCGCAGUGGCUGCAGAACGAGAGCGAGCGGAGGCCUCCUUCGCUCGCGACGACUUGCAGGCGGAGCUGGAUGUGAGUCGACAGUCGCUGCUGAAGGAGCAGGCUUCUUGUGCUGAUCUCCGCAGCAAACUAGCGGAGCGUGAGGAACACCUUGGAGCGUUGCGCAACUUGAUCAAUCUGGUACCUGCGCCGACUCCGCAACCUGAGGUGGAACGAUGCGUGGCGUCGGCCUCUUCCAGUUCGUCUCUUGCCACACUGGCGUCAACGGCCACGAGCCUUGUCUCCUCUGAUCCUCCAGCGCGAACAUCUUCGCAGCAGCUCCCGUCUGGCUCAGCAAAGCGAAGUGGGGAUCUCUCUUCUGAUCCAACGUCACAGUCGAAGCGUGCAAAGCGCGCCGUUGCGACUACCGAGGGAGCGCCAGCUGAGUUGUCUUCCUCUACGGCGAUGGCUUUAUACAAAGCGAGUCCCUGGAAGAUCUUCCUGGAUAACAUGCCCGACCCAGUCUCGUUCGACAUUGGAGAUCCCCGCUUCCAACCUCUUCUGGCCAUCAUCCGCGAUGUGCUGACUCGGAACGAUAAUCGUGGCGCGCUUGUGUUCUGGGAGAUCACCCACUCCAUCGAGAUUUCCAUUUCCAAGGACAGCGCUGAGUCUUGGGAGGUGAAGUUCACUUCGGAUCGUAAGAAUCGGACAUCCCACUUUGUAAAGAUGCUGCUGCCUGUGUUCGAAGAAGUGGCCCGCCUGUGCAAGGCUCAUGUGUGCGACUUGGACAUUCUUCUGGAGCCAUUCUUCCUGCCGCUGAUCGCAACGUGCCCGUGGUUCCCUAAGGGAGCUUCUGGUGCCUCUGGAGAUCUGUUACACGUCUUACGAACGACUGACGAGGCGGAGCCGUGGCGCCUGUUCUACUGGAAUGCUCGUGCCAAACACCCAUCGAUGAACGAACCCACCCACACGCGCCUUCGAGGCAAGUUCAAGGCGACCUCGUCAAUCGCCUAG